AUCCAAUGAAGAAGUCUUCUAAAGAAUCCUUCUUGUAAACAAUUACCUAACAUCAUUAAAUGCAAAAAUUUCAUUUUUCCUGCUGAUGAAAUCACUUAUCUAAUCCAACAAAACCACACCCUCCAAUAUUGCUCUGAGCUAGGUUUUAACCAUAUAUAUCAAGUCAACUCCUGGUCUUUGUAGAAUGACUAUAUAUAGAGAUAUAGAUAGAUAGAUAGAUAGUACUCAAGCCCUCCUCAUCAGUGAUCAAAGUAACUACUCCAACACAGAGUCCCACACGUGUAAGGCUGUAACUGUGUCAAGAGAGUGAGAUAGGAUAAGAGAGAUGGUGGUGGCGGAGACGAGUGGCGGUGGUGGUGGUGGCGGUGUUGGGUGGACAGAUGUGAGGAGUCUGACCGCCCGGAUCCUCCUGGGGCGGUGGUUCAUGGUCUUUGCAUCCUUCCUGAUCAUGUCCGCUGCCGGUGCAACUUACAUGUUCGCUCUCUACUCCAACGACAUUAAGACCACACUGGGGUACGACCAAACCACACUCAACCUGUUGAGCUUCGCUAAGGAUGUGGGUGCCAACGUCGGGAUCUUGUCCGGCCUCAUCAACGAGAUCACACCGCCGUGGGUGGUGCUUGUGAUCGGCGCCAUCAUGAACUUCGGUGGGUACUUCAUGAUAUGGCUUGCCGUCACCGAACGCAUAGCCCGGCCACAGGUAUGGCAGAUGUGCCUCUACAUAUGUAUCGGUGCUAACUCACAGACCUUCGCCAACACCGGCUCUCUGGUCACCUGCGUCAAGAACUUCCCUGAAAGCCGAGGCAUUGUGCUGGGUCUCUUAAAGGGGUUCGUGGGUCUCAGUGGCGCCAUUAUCACUCAGCUCUACCAUGCUUUGUAUGGCAACAACACCAAAGCUCUUAUUCUAUUCAUAGGUUGGCUUCCCGCUGCAAUUUCUUUCGCUUUUGUUCGCACUGUAAGGAUCAUGAAGGUCAUUCGACAGCCCAACGAACUGAAGGUCUUCUACAAAUUCCUCUAUAUCUCGCUCGGCCUUGCUGGGUUUCUUAUGGUUAUAAUCAUCGUACAGAAAAGGUUCGACUUCAAUCAGUACGAGUUUGGUGGCAGCGCUGCCGCUGUUCUCUUCCUGCUCUUUCUCCCGGUCGCCGUUAUUGCAAAAGAGGAGAUUGAGCUAUGGAAGAGCAAGAGGCAACCGUUAAGGGGUAAUUCUCCCCGGUUGGAAGUAACAGUUGAAAAGCCACCAGCGCCGGUGGUUGAAGCAGAACCAGUAAAGCCGGCGGCAGCGGAGUUGCCACCAGUUGCCCCGCCCCCAAAUCCAUUACCAGUUUCUCAGAAGUCGGCCUCCUGCCUAAGCACCAUGUUCAGGCCUCCGAACAGGGGCGAAGACUACAGUAUACUACAAGCUCUUGUGAGCAUCGACAUGUUGGUUCUGUUCUUCUCAACCAUCUGCGGCGUCGGUGGGACAUUAACGGCGAUUGACAAUCUAGGCCAGAUAGGUCAGUCCCUGGGCUACCCUUCUCGUAGCACCAGCACCUUCAUAUCACUGGUCAGUAUCUGGAACUAUCUCGGGCGAGUGGCGUCAGGCUUUGCCUCUGAAAUCUUCUUGAAGAAAUACAAAUUCCCUCGCCCUUUGAUGCUUACAAUGGUCCUUCUCCUCUCCUGUGUCGGGCACCUCCUCAUCGCCUUCGGUGUCCCGGGCUCUCUCUAUGUGGCGUCGGUGAUCAUCGGCUUCUGCUUCGGCGCACAGUGGCCAUUGGUGUUCGCCAUCAUCUCUGAAAUUUUUGGCCUCAAGUACUACUCGACUCUGUACAACUUCGGAGGAGCGGCCAGCCCAGUUGGGCUAUACAUCCUUAACGUGAGAGUGGCGGGGCAUCUUUAUGACAGAGAGGCCAGAAAACAAAUGGCAGGGUCGGGUACCACUAGGACUGCCGGAAAGGAGUUGAGUUGCACCGGCGUGCAGUGUUACCAACUGUCCUUCAUUAUAAUCACUACAGUGACGUUGUUGGGAGCUUUUGUCUCGUUGAUUCUUGUUGUUAGAACGAGAAAGUUCUACAAAAGUGAUAUUUACAAGAAAUUCAGAGAAGAGGCCAGGGCAGCAGAGACUGAGAUGGCCUUGGCUGAGAAUGGCAUCCAGACCCAAGCACCAAUAGAGAGAAAUGCAGACAAGACAUCAUCAGUAACGACAACACCACCACUCCAACAGGUCAAUGGAGAUAGGAAUAUAAGAUAGAUAGAUAAAGGGAAAAAAUAAGAAAAAGGGUUGUAGUUACAGUUAAAGAUUGAAGAUGAAGGGGGUUUAGGGAACAAAAACAAGAACAAGAAACAGAUGACAUGGUUACCCUGACUGCUCUGUAAUUUCUCCUUUUCUUUUUAAUGGGGUGAUGAUGUUCAGUAUCCAUCUUUAGUCUUUGCUGUGGAUAUUGCAACAAUUGUUCACUAAUUCACAGAAUUGCAAAAAGACUUGGGCAAUGGGUAUACAGAUUUCAGUCAAAUUAGAGAAGUCUGAUUAGUGCUUUGACUAAUGCUUUGUCUGUUUUGCUUAUUUUCUGUCAUGUGGAUCAUCCCAUGUUGUAAAAUAUGGAGAGAGUACAACCAAUCAUGGUAGACUGGACUCUCAAAGUAGGAAACUUGGGAUUUCUAUGGGGGCCUAGAAUAGGGCCCAGGGAUUCUAGGCCCAAUUCAUGCACUGCAUCUGCAUCAACUUUGUUAGGAGGCAAAGGACUGUAGUAGAAUAAUUUGAACUUUGAAGACAUGUGAAUUUGGGGGCUUUCACAUGACCAAUGGAGAUACUGUUGCAGAGAAGGAAAGAAAGAGAGAUCCACCCAGUAAUAUGAAGCUGACGACUAAUAUGAAAUGAUUCAGAGGCCAAACCCAGUUAAAAGAAAUUGUUUUCAGUGAUCACAAUUAAUGGACAUUGAAUGUAAUUGAAUUCAUUUUGGA